AUGUGGCAGUUCAUAAGGUCACGCAUAUUAACGCUGAUAAUCUUCAUAGGUGCAGCUCACGGAAUACUGGUUGUGGGACCUAAUUGUAUACGGCCCAACCAGAAUUAUACGGUGGUGAUCAGUAACUUUAACUCGUAUCUGAGUAGGGUGGACCUGAUGCUACGGAUUGAAGGCCAGACCGAAGAUGGUAGAAGCGUUCUGAACUUAACGAAGUCGGUUGGUGUGUGGCGGUAUAUGAGCAAGAUGGUCAACUUCAAUAUGCCUGCAGACUUAUCAGCUGGGAAUUACACAUUUACCAUCGAUGGGCAGGGUGGUUUUAAUUUUAACGAGCAAGUCGAGUUGGUGUACCUCAGUAAACCUAUGUCCGGUGUAAUACAGACCAAUAAGCCCGCAUUCGCGCCGGGAGAUACGGUUAAAUUUCGUGUGAUAGUGCUAGACACUGCGCUGAAACCUCCUGCACAAGUGAAAACCGUUCACGUAACGGUCCGCGAUCAUGAUGGAAAUGUGAUCCAGAACUGGCCCUCGGCAAAACUACACGCAGGAGUGUUCGAGAGUGAUCUCCAGAUUGCGUCAGCUCCAGUAUUCGGAGUGUGGAACAUCUCGGUACAGGUAGACGGAGAAGAGCUCGUAUCGAAAACGUUCGAAGUGAAAGAAUAUGUGUUGCCCGCGUUUGAUUUAGAGGUAACGCCCUCUGUUAUUCCUCUGGAGGAGCAUCAAGGCCUGAAUCUGACGAUAGCUGCCCACUAUCAAUUACGCAAGCCGGUGAUUGGAUUGGCAAAGGUAGAGUUUUAUUUGGAGAAAGACAUGCUGGACCAGAAGAAACAGAUCGAAGUGUACGGUAUGGGACAGGUGGAGCUGCAGUUUGUAGGGUAUUUUAAGGUGAAGGAAGAUAAAAGAGAUGUAUUUGUAAAGACGACCUUCAUAGAACAGCACACAAAUCGCACCGUAGUGAAAGAAUCUCAAAUCACUGUGUACAAACAUGCUUAUCGUGUGCAACUGAUCAAGGAAACCCCACCGUUUCGACCAGGGCUUCCAUUUAAAUGUGCUCUUCAAUGCCUAUACCACGAUGGAACACCUGCUAAAGGUAUUACCGGUAAGGUGGAGGUGCUGGAAAUUGGAUACGAAGCAACUGCAACUAGCGACAAUAAUGGUUUGAUCAAACUGGAGUUAAAUCCAAGCGACAGUGUGGAUUCGAUGUACAUUAACUUUUCUAACGAUGAUGAUGAGUUCUACUUUUACGAGCGUGUGGGCAAAGAGAAUGUCUUGACAAACGCUUACAUCAAAGUGGAAUUAAGAUCUCCCAUUAAAUUGAACCGUUUAUUGCAAUUCAUAAUUACCUGCAGUAAACCGAUGACUUUCUUUGCGUAUUUCGUAAUGUCGAAAGGCAAUAUCAUUGAUUCCGGUGCAAUAAGACCGAGUAAUCAGAACAAAUAUAUCUUUCGGUUGAAUGCCUCGGAGGAGAUGUCUCCGAAAGCGAAAUUUAUCGUCGCGACUGAAGUAAAUGGUGCAGUCGUGUAUGACUAUGUGAACAUCAAUUUCAAGGAUCGUCGUAACAAUCUUAUUGUGAGAAUAGACAAGCAGACAGCAGAGCCGGGUCAACAAAUCGAGCUGCAGUUGUCUGGACGACCGGGAGCAUACGUGGGAUUAGCUGCACACAACAAAGGUUCGAUGUAUCGCAAUGAGGAUAAUGAUUCAUUCUGGGAUGACAUUAUGCGAAUGUAUAAUGGAUACGGCUCGAACGCUGAGAACGUGAAAGUAGAUAAGUUUCAUAGCUUGGGACUGUUCGUUAGAACGUUCUAUGACAUCAAGUUCAAUGAAGCCCACGAUAUGGCGGCACGCUAUGAGUUGCAGAUAAACGAACCGAUCGCCAAGCAGGAGUCAAAUGUAACAAGCUUUCCAGAGUCGUGGUUAUGGGAGAACGUUUCUAUUGGAAGGUCUGGAGUGCACAAGAUGAAUGCGACAGUGUCAGAUACGAUCACAUCCUGGUACUUGACAGCAUUCUCCAUUGAUCCAGAGUACGGUUUGGACAUCAUUAAAAAACCCAUCCAAUUCACAACGGUUCAGCCGUUCUACAUCGUGGACAAUCUACCGCACUCGAUCAAACGAUAUGAAGCAGUUGAGUUGCAGUUUAUACUGUUCAACCUUCUUGAGGAAGAGUAUAUGGCUGAUGUGACGUUGUACAAUGUGGACAACCAAAUGAGGUUCGUUGCACGGCCUCUGGAAGAGAUGAACUACAUCAAAUCCGUCAGCGUUCCGUCGAAGGUUGGGGUUCCCAUCUCAUUUUUAGUGAAAGCCCAAAAGCUCGAAGCGAUAGUGGUGCGAGUAAAAGCCACUGUCAGGUACACAGAACUAAGUUACGCACUCGAAAAGGUUAUUCGAGUUACCCCAGAAAGUUUGGUACAAUCAAGAGAGUCUUCUCGAUUCUUCUGCUUCGAUACAUACCAGAAUAAAACCUUCAGGAUGUACUUAGAUGUGCACAACAAUGCUGAAAAUGGUUCACAAAAGAUUGAGUUCCGACUGCAACCCAAUCUACUUACCCACGUGGUCGGUAACUUGAAACCGCUGCAUAAACUUUCGUCUGAUUUUCUAGAGGAGAAUAUGGUUUGGUUUGUACCAAACAUCAUGAUGCUUGACUACUUGCAUGCUAUUGGUUCGAAGGAAGAGCAGCUAAUCGACAAAGUUACUGAUCUAUCGUAUCAAGGCUAUAGAAAUCUAAAGCGUUUUCAAAAGCUGGAUGGUUCGUUUGUAGCGUGGAAUAAGGAAGGCCACUUGUUCCUUACCACCUUCGUCGCAAAGACGAUGCAAACAGCGUCGAAGUAUCUGAGCGAGUUUGAUGAGACUAUACUUGAGAAUACCUACGAUUGGCUUGCUGCGAAUCAGGACAGUUCGGGAAGGUUCGAUGAGAUCAGUUACGUGAUCCACGCGAAUUUGAAUGGUGCUAUGUACAACAGCAUCACAAUGACAUCUUACGUGGUGACGGCGCUGCUAGAGAACGAGAACGCCAGGAGGAAGCACGCGGUUGUGAUUGAAAAAGCAAUACGCUAUCUAAGCGGCCAGGUGAAAACUAUCGAAGAUCCUUACGAGCUGGCAAUUGUGACCUAUGCAUUAAUGUUAAAUGGACACAAUUUGAAGAAUGUGGCAUUUAAAAGGCUCGUUAACAUGUCUACCACCACUAAAAAUGGCACAGAACAGUACUGGGAUACAGAAAACAGCUUUGAAACAACAGCUUACGCCUUACUGUCUUACGUGCUAGCGGAGAAAAAUCUCGACCUUAUUCCGUUGAUGCGUUGGUUGGUGAACCAAAACUUCAUUGAAGAAAGUUACGCACGCGUGCAGAGUACCUUCGUUGGACUGAAGGCACUGACAAAGGUGGCGGAAAUAAUAUCUCCUUCGCGAAACAACUACACUAUAGAGGUGACAUACAACCAACAUUUGUAUUCAACUACAGCAACGCCAAUGAAACAAAUCCACAUAAACUCACAACAACUCGACACCAUCAAAUAUGAAAAUAUACCACAGGACACACGCUGGAUGGAUAUCACCGUGGUUGGAAUUGGUUCGGGUAUUCUGGAGGUGAUCUAUCAGUACAGUUUAAAUCUCGUCUAUUUCGAGAACCGAUUCGUGUUGAAUGUGGAGAGACAAAAUACAACUUGCGACUAUGAACUGCGGCUCAAUGUAUGUGCUAGCUUCAUUCCAACAUCGUCUUACCAUAGUUCAAGCGUAGCGGCGAUCGAGGUGACCUUCCCCAAUGGGUACGAUGUCGAUCAGCAUCCGGUCAGCGAACAGACCAACGCGAGUGAUACAAUGGAAAUUGUUGUUCGGUUUGGUGGCACAUCCGUUGUAGUGUAUUAUGAUGGUAUGGAUGAGGAACAGAAAUGUUUCACCGUGACGGCUUACCGGCGGGGCAAUGUGACUAUGAAACAUCCAGGCUAUGUUGUCGCCUAUGAUGUAUACAACCAACAUUUGAACGCCUUUAAAACGUACGAAGUGGACAAGCAGGAUGCGUCUAAAAUCUACGACCCAAAGCAAUGCUAA